AUGCUUAAUAGUUUAAAUAAGUAUAACUUUAAAGACAAGUCAAACAGUUUCCCUUUUCUUAUUGCUAUAGCCCAGUCAGAAGAAGAUGAGGAUGAAGUCGUUGCUAUGAUUAAGGAACUUCUGGACACAAGGAUCAGACCAACAGUGCAAGAGGAUGGUGGGGAUGUGAUUUUCAAGGGGUUUGAGGAUGGGACGGUGAAGCUGAAGCUAGUGGGCUCCUGCACGGGCUGUCCCAGCUCUAGCGUCACGCUGAAGAACGGAAUCCAGAACAUGCUGCAGUUCUACAUUCCAGAGGUGGAUGAGGUAGAGCAGGUUCAAGAUGAGGUGGAUGAAAUUAAUCUGAAAGUCUUUUCAGAAGUGGAGAGGAAACUGCAGGACUCCUAAAUCUGCAUUUUGCAUGGUGUGCACCACUUCACUUCUGCCUUUUCACCUGUGAUUCAUCCCAUCUGAGUACGCCUAGAAUGACUAGACAGCACUUUGAGCGGUCACGAGUCUGAAAUACAGUCUUUGGAUUAUAAACACACUAGCCCAGAUUCCCAAAACAGUUCACAGAGUCACUGAUAAAAGAGAGUUAAACCAGUAAUAGGAUAACUCUGAAAGAGUUAAACCAGUAAUAUAAAAAGUCCUCUGUUCAGGAUUUCUUUAAUAAAGUAAAGAUUCAAUCAAAUUAAUGUAGUCAAUGUACGAUAUAUGUACCAAUGUACCAUACGAUAGUGUAUUACCAGAGUUUAAAAUAUGUUUUUGUGCACUUUCACAAUGUCCCUUAUAAUUACAUAUCAAUAUUUUCAUGGGUUUAUUAUCUAGUCCUUAACUGAUCAUUUUAGUAUUAUCUGUCAAGUUAUUAAAUACCAAAAAGUGAAGCAGGAAAUCUGUUUGCUACCUUUAAUAUUGUAUUUUUGUAUUUAUUAUGGGAAUACUGUAAAAUCAUUUGAAUUCGGACAGAAAUUACCAGGAGUAAUGGAUACAGUCCAAGAUUAUAGAUGAAGAUGGUCUCCUAGAUCUUAUAUUCUCUGUAGAGUCUUGCAUUUUAAGAAGAUUGUUUGCACAUAUGGUACCCAAUUUCUGCUAUUCCAUGUUGUCAGAUGCCUGAUAAUAAAUGCUGAACCUAAUUUAACUGGUGCUCCUUAGCCUAUAUACUGUACUCAAUACAUGUUAAAUGUGAAAAAAUGUCAUGCACGUCAGGUCAUGCAUGAAAUAUUGGUACAACAUAAAUCUGUUUUUCAGUGAAACAUAUUCCAACCAAAAAUAGAAAGGGGAUUAUACUGUAAAAGAUUAAGUUGAAUGUGUUAUCUGUACUAUAUUUACUGUAGUAAUCUGGAUAAAUACUGUCAGUACUAUGCAGAAUAAAACCUUUACAUUGCA